GCCUCUUGGGGCUGCUUCCCUAACAAAUGAAAAAAUAAUGUCCUUGAACCAAGAGUGAAACUGAACUAUCUAAGGAAAACACUGUGAACAAACACAGAGGGCCGAGGAAAACCAUCUGAUCAGAGCAGCUCCCCGGGAGCACGGCAGGACGCAGGCGGCAGCUGGGCGGGAGGACGGCGAGCCGGGCCAUGUCCACCACCAGAUGCCAAAUGGUGGGCUUCCUGCUGUCCAUCCUGGGCCUGGCCGGCUGCAUCGUUGCCACGGAGAUGGACAUGUGGAGCACCCAGGACCUAUACGACAACCCGGUCACCGCCGUGUUCCAGUACCAGGGGCUCUGGCGCAGCUGCGUGCAGCAGAGCUCGGGCUUCACCGAGUGCCGGUCCUACCUCACCAUCCUGGGCCUGCCAGCCAUGCUGCAGGCGGUGCGAGCCCUGAUGAUCGUGGGCAUCAUCCUGAGCGUCAUUGGCCUCCUGGUGGCAAUCUUUGCCCUAAAGUGCAUCCGUAUCGGCAACAUGGAUGACUCCGCCAAAGCCAAAAUGACACUCACCUCUGGCAUCAUGUUCAUCAUCGGAGGUCUCUGUGCGAUCGCUGGAGUGUCUGUGUUUGCCAACAUGCUGGUUACUAACUUCUGGAUGUCCACAGCUAGCAUGUACACCAGCAUGGGGGGGAUGGUGCAGACCGUUCAGACCAGGUACACCUUUGGUGCGGCUCUGUUCGUGGGAUGGGUCGCUGGAGGUCUCACGCUGAUUGGGGGUGUGCUGUUGUGCAUCGCUUGCCGGGGUCUGGCCCCUGAGGAAACCAACUACAAAGCCGUCUCUUACCACGCCUCAGGUCACAAUGUUGCCUACAGGCCUGGAGGCUUCAAAGCCAGCACUGGCUUUGAGUCCAGCACCAGAAACAAGAAGAUAUAUGACGGGGGUGCCCGCACAGAGGAUGAGGGACAGUCUCACCCUUCCAAGUAUGACUACGUGUAGCCCUCCCCACAAGUCACCCAAGCAGGGGCAGAAGAAACCCCUCAACGAGAUCUCACCCCAAAACAAGGAAUUUUACCUUGAUUUCCCAUACCUUUUGACUCACAGUUGGAAGUUAGAAAGCCUUGGUUUCCCCUGUGGUGAGGCCAGAUGGUCUUGGCUACAUGUCUCUGUCUCUAAAUGUUCCAUCACAAAACAGCUGAGUUAUCAUAUGGCUUUAGAGGCUACAGCCCACAUCUUCCAGUCCUCUUAUUUCUUUUUUUGACAUAACCUUUUUAAUCUGAUGAUAGAAUGUGGUUUGAAUUCCUAUCAAUCACUUAGAUCACUUAGGCAAAAUGUCCGUCCUUCUUCUAGCCGAUAGCCCAUUGAUGAUCUAUUUCCCAACUCAUCCCCCAGAACAAUUCUGAAAGGAAAAAAUGAGUCAAUCAAAUGACAUCAUUUUCUGAUGUUUGAUUUUUGCCUACCCUCCCACCCCCAGCCCUCACUUGGCUACUAAUAAACACUGAUUGAAGAAGAAAUAGGGAAAGGGGAUAUUUAUCAUAUCUGCAGUUCAUUAUCUGAGUUUUCUUACACUGUGAUCUUUAACAUUACUUGAGCCAAAGGGAUUUCACUUGGCAGAAACCAACACUUCCACCUCUGCUAACAUCUGCUGGACUCCCCACUGCAUGUCCUCUUUCU